CGAGAAGAGAUCUCACUUCCCUUCACUCUCACUCCACAACUUCGAGAUCAAGUUAAAAGUUGCAGCUUUUUAGCUUUCCGAAAAGAAUGGCGGCAACAUCACCACUCUACAACCAGCUUAAGGAUGCUGAACCAUUCUUCUUGUUGGCUGGUCCAAAUGUGAUCGAAUCCGAGGAGCAUAUUCUUCGAAUGGCGAAGCACAUCAAACACAUUGCCACAAAAGUUGGGUUGCCACUGGUCUUCAAGUCAAGUUUUGAUAAGGCUAACAGAACUUCUUCAAAGUCCUUCCGAGGUCCUGGCAUGGCUGAGGGUCUCAAGAUUCUUGAGAAGGUGAAAGUAGCAUAUGACUUACCAAUUGUAACUGAUGUUCAUGAGGCGUAUCAGUGUGAAGAAGUUGGCAAGGUUGCUGAUAUAAUUCAGAUACCAGCAUUCUUAUGUCGCCAGACAGAUCUUCUGGUUGCGGCAGCUCAAACCGGAAAAAUUAUCAAUAUUAAGAAAGGACAGUUCUGUGCUCCUUCUGUCAUGGAAAAUUCGGCUGAGAAGAUCAGGCUGGCUGGGAAUCCGAAUGUGAUGGUUUGUGAAAGAGGAACCAUGUUUGGAUACAAUGAUUUGAUAGUAGAUCCACGAAACUUUGAAUGGAUGAGGGAAGCUAAUUGUCCUGUUGUUGCUGAUAUAACCCAUGCACUACAACAACCUGCAGGCAAAAAGUUGGAAGGUGGUGGUGUUGCUAGUGGAGGCCUUCGCGAGUUAAUACCCUGCAUUGCUAGAACAGCGGUAGCAGUUGGUGUCGAUGGAAUUUUCAUGGAGGUUCAUGAUGAUCCUCUAAGUGCUCCAGUUGAUGGUCCAACUCAAUGGCCUUUGCGUCAUUUAGAAGAACUCCUAGAGGAGCUCAUCGCGAUUGCUAGGGUCACAAAAGGAAAGCAGCGGUUCCAAAUCGAUCUCACACCUUACCGCGACUAGGAUUGUAAGGUCUCCUCCUCGGACAUAUGGGUCCACGGCAAAUCCUGGAGACCUCAUUACGGUUGCUACCUCUCCCUAAAGGAUAUCUAUCAUCUACAUGAGCAAAGAAUGUUGUUCCCUUUUUGAUUGCUCCAAACUUUGAACAUAUAUUUAUGUUUUUAUUCAAAAGUUGUUCAGAUUAAGAGUGUUAUUAUAACAUAUAAUAACUAUAAUGAAUUCUGUUUACAUUCGAUAGGCAAAGUUGUACAAGCUCAUGGGUUAAACAGGUUUGCUUCCCUAAGUCAA